AUGCCCUUUGAUCCAUCAUAUCACGGUCAAUCAGUUUCUAGAGUUAAGAGUCUAGCAAGACAAAUGGCACCACCUUCAGCUACCAGCUUCACCUCUGAGGUUGUCCCUCAAGCACCUGAGGACCCUCUGUUUGGUUUGAUGAGAGCUUAUCGAGCUGACCAAGAUCCCAACAAGGUUGAUCUGGGUAUUGGAGCCUACCGUGAUGAUAAUGCGAAGCCUUGGGUAUUACCAGUCGUAAAGAAGGCCGAUGAGAUUCUCCGCAACGACCCGGAGUUAAACCACGAAUAUGCCCCAAUUGCUGGUAUCGCCUCAUUUACCAGUAAAGCCGCGGAAUUGAUCCUUGGUGGCGUCGAGUCCCCUGCGAUUAAGGAGAAGCGCGUUACUUCUAUGCAGACUAUCUCCGGUACUGGCGCUGUACACUUGGGAGCCCUUUUCCUUGCCAAAUUUUUCACAGGAAACAAGAAGGUCUAUCUUUCUGAUCCUACUUGGGCCAACCACAAUCAAAUCUUCACCAAUGUCGGCAUCCCUAUCGCCAAAUAUCCCUAUUUCUCUAAGGAGACCAAGGGACUUGACUUUGAGGGUAUGAAGUCUGCCAUAUUAGGUGCACCGGAACGAUCAGUGAUUCUACUUCAUGCUUGUGCACACAAUCCCACCGGCGUGGACCCUACCCUCGAACAGUGGAAAGAGAUCGCUGAGGUAAUACGUCUGAAGAACCACUUCCCUUUCUUCGAUUGCGCCUACCAGGGAUUUGCAUCUGGCGACCUUUCCAAGGAUAAUGCCGCUGUUAGGUAUUUCGUCGAGCAAGGUUUCGAGCUCGUUGUUGCCCAGAGUUUCGCCAAGAACUUCGGUUUAUAUGGCGAGCGGGCCGGUUGUUUCCAUGUUGUUACAGCCCCUGCUCCGGAUGCGGAGACCACAAUCACCCGAGUUGCAUCUCAGUUGGCCAUUCUACAGCGGUCUGAGAUCUCUAACCCUCCUCUUUAUGGCGCUCGUAUUGCCAGCAUCGUCCUAAACGACCCGCAGCUCUUUGCCGAGUGGGAAGAGAACUUGCGUACAAUGUCAGGCCGUAUCAUCUCUAUGCGGAAGGCCUUGCGCGCCAAGCUAGAAGAGCUUGGCACCCCGGGUACUUGGAACCACAUCACGGACCAGAUCGGCAUGUUUAGUUUCACCGGCUUAACAGAAGCACAGGUGCUCAAGAUCCGCUCAGAUUCCCACAUCUACAUGACGAAGAACGGCCGCAUAAGUAUGGCAGGCCUCAAUACGAAAAACGUCGAGUAUGUCGCCAAGGCCAUCGACAAGGUCGUCCGGGAGGCUCAGUAG